CUCACUGAACACUCGUUCGAGAAGGACUGCUGCUGCUUCCUCUCUUUUAAAUCAUUUUUAAAAAUGUAAUUUUUUUUUUAUUUGUUCCUUGUCGGACUUCAAGAGGAUUGUUUGAGUUCUUGUUUCUCCUCCUUGUGCAGCUGUGUUUGUGUUUUGUCAAGCGCAGUUAUUUAUUUUUGAACUAGACAUGCCGGUUGUUGGGGUUGCUUCUAAGCUGAGAGAGCCGGGAGGGGGGUCAAAGCCUGUUCACACCGCAGUCCCGAUUCCCAGUCUUGGCAGGGCUGCUGUGUCACAACCGUACUUGCCAAGGACUUUGGAGAUGAGAGGGACAGACAACUCAAUGAUGUCUUGCCAGCUGUCCUUAAAAUCAAUCUGUGACUUUCGGGAAAAGAAGGAAGCUCAGGGGAAAACCAAGGAGGCUGAAGACAGUAAGAUCUACACUGAUUGGGCCAAUCACUACCUUGCCAAGUCCGGCCACAAGAGGCUGAUCAAGGACCUACAGCAGGACAUUGCAGACGGAGUUCUAUUGGCAGAUAUCAUCCAGAUCAUUGCCAAUGAGAAGGUUGAAGACAUCAAUGGCUGUCCAGGGAGUCAAUCUCAAAUGAUUGAGAAUGUUGAUGUCUGCCUCAGCUUUCUGGCAGCCCGAGGGGUGAAUGUACAGGGACUUUCAGCAGAAGAAAUAAGGAAUGGAAAUUUGAAAGCCAUUUUAGGGCUCUUUUUCAGCUUGUCCCGAUACAAGCAGCAGCAGCAGCAGCAGCAGCAGUAUUAUCAGUCCCUGGUGGAACUCCAGCAGCAAGUAACCCAGCAGUCUUCAGGUGCUGUUCCAAGCAGCCAGCAAAAGACACAAGACAUGCAAUCCAGUAUGGCAGCCAGAUAUGCAACUCAGUCCAGCCACAGUGGGAUAGCAAGCAGUCAGAAAAAGAACACAAGGCUUCCUGGGCCCUCAAGGGUGCCAGCUGCAGGCAGCAGUACCAGCAAGGUCCAAGGAGCUUCAAACCUGAACAGGAGGAGCCAGAGCUUUAACAGCAUAGACAAAAGCAAGCCUCUCCAAUAUGCAAGCGGCACCGAGAAAGAAUCAGUGAAAGGACUUCCACAGCCAGGAGGCAUGAAUGGGAACGUCCAAACCCCCACCAGCACUGGGCAGCAGCAGGCCUCUGCCAUCCCCUCUCCCAGCGCCAACAAGCCUUGGCGGAGCAAAUCCAUGAACAUGAAACACACAGCCACAUCCUCCAUGCUGUCCGUGAAGCAGCCCAGCCCGGCAACCUCACCACCCCCUGCCUCAGACCAGCUCAAACCACCCAUUGCUGAGGCAGCCAAGGCCUCAAACACUGGACAGAAAUCCAUGCUGGAGAAAUUCAAACUGAUCAACAGCAGGACUGCUUCCAGGCCACCCCUGUGCCCUAGCUCGGGGCCCAGCGGGGAGGGAGGAGGCAGGGAAGACAGUGCUUUAUCAGAGUGCGGAGAGACAGAUGGUGUCAGCAGUGGUCUGAAUAGUGGGGGCUCUACAGGUAGCAGCUCCAAGCAGCCGACCAAGGUGACAACACCACCUUCAAAGACUUCCAGCAAAACUCUGAGCAAUAAGAAGUCUCUACCCCAACCUAAGGACAAAGAGGAUAAGAGUAAGAGCAAAGGAAAGGCUGGCACACCAAGCAAAGAGGAGAAAGAACUGCCUGUAGAACCUGCAAAGAAAACCUCAAAAAUUGCUAGCCUCAUCCCAAAGGGAGGGAAGGCCUCUGCAGUCAAGAAGGAAAACUGCCUCCUUGCUUCAAGUGGAAUACCAAAACCUGGAUUGAAAGUGGCUGCACCCACGGGAAAAACAGCAGCCAGCCCUACCAGCAUGGGGGCCAAAGAUACUGAGAAGUCAAGGAUGGGGAAAGCGAACCAGAGCCUCUAUGUUCAGAAAUCCCCGUCUGAUGGCAGGACUCCAGGCAGCCUGGCUUCAGCGGAGGGGAGAAGGACCAGCAUGGUUUCAUCAACAAGCACUUCCGCACUUUCGGCUGCCAUGGUGAUGGCAUGUGGACAGUUGGGGGGAUACGGCAUUGUCCAGCUCCCACAGCAGCAGCAGUACAACCACCCCAACACGGCCACAGUUGCUCCCUUUAUGUACAGAACCUACUCUGAAAAUGAUUGUACCGCCGUUGGCCCUGCUGACGGCUGUGUCAGCCCCACGAAAGCAGAUCAGUAUUACAACAAGACUGCCAAACAGUGCCUGGAGGAGAUAUCUGGGGAGGACCCUGAAACGAGAAGAAUGCGAACAGUGAAGAACAUUGCAGAUCUGAGGCAAAACUUAGAAGAGACAAUGUCCAGCCUUAGAGGGACCCAGAUCAGUCACAGCACAUUGGAAACGACAUUUGACAGCACAGUCACCACGGAGGUGAACGGCAGGAGUAUACCGAGCCUGACCAACCGAUCGUCACCUAUGGCCUGGAGGCUGGGUCAGUCAAGUCCCAGGCUGCAGGCAGGCGACGCCCCCUCGCUGCCCAGUGGAUACCCACCUCGCAGCAACAGCAGUCGCUUGAUGCACACGGACCCCUCACGCUUCAUGUACACGACCCCCCUGCGGAGAGCUACGGGGGGAGCCCGGGCUGGGAACUUGGCUCACAUGGACCUGAGCGAGAAGAGAGGAGGGGACCUUGAAGUGCCUGAGGAGGUGGAUGUGACGGGUUACAUGAGCGAUGGUGACCUCCUCAGCAAGAACAUGAGGACAGAUGAAAUCAGCAGUGGAUAUCUGACUGAUGGAGGGCUCAGUCUGUAUUCCCGCAAUAUGAACCGCAUUCCAGACCUGGCUGCCUCACGUGAUGUGAUCCAGAAGGGGGUGAAUGAGGGGAUAGGGGAGACAGACAGCUGGGAUGACAGCAGCUCGGUGAGCAGUGGUCUCAGUGACACCCUGGAUAACAUCAGCACUGAUGACCUGAACACAGCAUCGUCUGUCAGCUCCUAUUCCAACAUCGCUGCAUCUCCACGGAAGAACAAGGACCCUCAGUUAAAGACAGACUCCGUUCCAGACAAUCAGAAUACCUGGGCCAGUCCUGAAGAUCUGAAGAAAGCAGAUGAUGAGUUUGACAGCAGUAUGGAUUCCAGUAACAAGUGGAAGGGUAACUCCUCUGGGCAUUAUGAAGACUCAGAGAAAGGAGGGCAGAAGACAACCUUAUCUGUUUCUCAGACAGGAUCCUGGAGAAGGGGCAUGACGGCACAAGUUGGGAUAACGCCACCUCGGACCAAAACUGCAACUGGCACUCUCAAAACACCGGGUAAAACAGAUGAUGCCAAGGCUUCUGAAAAAGGAAAGGUUCCCUCCAAAAGCAUACAGCGGUCUCCCUCUGAUGCAGGGAAAAGCAGCGGGGAUGAAGGGAAGAAGCCACCCUCUGGCAUAGCCAGACUGCCCACCACUGGCUCUUUUGGGUUUAAGAAGACAGGGUCUGGAGCUCUGGUUACUGCCAGUGGAGCCACCGUGACCAGUGGUUCAGCCACACUGGGGAAAAUCCCCAAGUCUUCAGCCAUCUCCGACAAGGGAAACGGAGGGCGCAAAACCAGCCUGGAUGGCUCCCAGAACCAGGAUGAUGGGGUUUCGCUGGUGAGCUCGAAAAGCCCCCUGCAGUACCGCAGCCUUCCUCGCCCUGCCAAGUCCAGCUCCAGCGGGAUUGUGGCCCGGGGAGGGCACCGCUCCAGCUCCAGCAGUAUUGACUCCAAUGUUAGCAGCAAAUCAAGCGCCACUUCCAGUACCAAGCGUAGGGAGCCCACCAAGAUGGGUUCAGGCCGAUGCAGCCCCGUAACAAUCAACCAGACCGAUAAAGAAAAAGUGGCCGUCUCGGACUCGGAGAGCGUCUCUCUGUCUAGCUCUCCUAAAUCAAGUCCCACCUCCACCAGCCAGACAAGCUUGAGACAGCCAGGCUGCAAAUACCCAGACAUCGCCUCCCCUACCUUCCGCAGAUUAUUUGGCACCAAAGCCAGCAGCAAGCCAAGCCCAGAGUCAAAAAGCUCCACAGUGAUCAGCAAUCCUCAUGCCACACUGACAUGGCAAGGAAGCCUGGAGUCUCCCUCAUCGGGCACAGGCAGCAUGGGCAGUGUGGGUGGGCAAAGCGGAGGGAGCAGCCCCCUCUUCAGUAAACCCCCAGACCUGACCACAGACGUGAUCAGCCUGAGCCAGUCCCUGGCCUCCAGCCCUGCGUCCGUUCACUCCCUGACCUCGGGGGGGAAACAGUGGUCCACCAACCUCAGCAGCUCCUCGGCCGGCAGCAAAGACACUCUGAGCUACCAGUCUCUGACCAGCCUGCACACCAGCUCCGAGUCCAUCGACCUCCCCGUCGGCCACCACGGCUCCCUGAGUGGACUGACCACGUCUCCCAAAGAGGUGCACAGCCAGCUGAUGAGAACUGGCAGCGUCAAGUCCACUGUCUCAGAGGGCAUGCAGCUUGACAGAAACACUCUCCCCAAAAAGGGACUAAGGUACACCCCAUCGUCUCGGCAGACCUCACAGGAGGAGGGGAAGGAGUGGCUGCGCUCUCACUCAACCGGAGGACUGCAGGACACAGGCAGCCAGUCUCCCCUGGCUUCCCCCUUGGCUAUCUCCUCUUCCACAGCCGGGAAGUACCAUUACUCCAACCUGGUGAGCCCUACAAAUCUGUCCCAGUUUAACCUUCCUGGUCCCAGCAUGAUGCGCUCAAACAGUAUUCCAGCACAGGAGUCUUCUUUUGACUUGUACGGGGGUUCACACGUCCUGGGUGGCAGUGCCGUGUCUCUGGAGGAGCGGCCCAGAGGCAUGAGCCGAUCAGAGUCUUUCAGAGACAGCAUGGAGGAAGUCCAUGGCUCUUCGUUGUCACUGGUUUCCAGUACGUCAUCCCUGUAUUCAGCUACUGAAGAAAAGGCACAUUCAGAGCAAAUCAGAAAGCUGCGAAGAGAGCUUGAUGCCUCCCAGGAAAAGGUUGCCACAUUAACUUCUCAGAUGUCAUCAAAUUCUCAUCUAGUAGCUGCUUUUGAAAAGAGCUUAAGCAACAUGACCUGCCGCCUGCACAGCCUGACAACGACAGCUGAACAAAAGGAGUCGGAGCUGGUAGAGUUAAGAGAAACCAUUGAAUGUCUGAAAACACAGAAUACUGAUGCACAGACGGCCAUCCAGGUAGCGCUGAACGGUCCUGACCACUUACAUAAAGACCUGCGAAUCAGACGGCAGCACUCCUCGGACAGCGUCUCCAGCAUGAACAGUGCUACGAGUCUCUCAAGUGUGGGCAGCACAAACGAUGCUGAAGCCAAGAAGAAGAAGAAGAAGAGCUGGGCAAAGGCAAAAGGACACAAGGUCGCAGAUUCCAUUCCAGCCCAGCUGAGGAGCUCGUUCAAACAGGCUUUUGGUAAAAAGAAAUCUGCAAAGCCCCCUUCUCCACAUUCAGACAUUGAAGAGCUCACUGACCACUCACUUCCGUCGUCGCCCAAGCUGCUCCAUAGCUCAAAGCAGGGCCCGUCAAUGAAAACAUCCCAGUCUGCAUCUGAGCUGUGUGAGUGCACAGAGGCCGAGGCUGAGAUCAUUCUGCAGCUGAAGAACGAGCUUCGAGAGAAGGAGCUUAAGCUGACUGACAUCCGCCUAGAGGCUCUGAGCUCAGCACACCACCUCGACCAGAUCCGGGAGGCCAUGAACAGAAUGCAGAAUGAAAUUGAACUACUGAAAGCUGAGAAUGACAGGCUGAAGCUGAGUGGAAGCCCAACCCCUGCGGCCACCAGGUCAAAGACUGGACGCCCCCCCUCAGAAACGUCAAGCACCUCCUCCUCGUCUUCCUCCCGACUAUCUUUGGGACUGUCUCUCAACAACCUCAAUGUCACAGACAACAUCAUGUCGGAUGUUCUGCUGGAUGAUGGAUAUGAAGGAACGAUGCGCAAAGAAGGCCGUAGCGUGAGGAUUGUCGUUACAAUCCAUAAAGGUUCAAAUAACACAAAGCAGGAUGUCAAGUGUCAGGAGUAUCUCAUUGGGUCGAUAGGUGUCAGUGGGAAGACCAAAUGGGAUGUACUUGAUGGAGUCAUCCGACGAUUAUUCAAGGAAUACAUUUUGCGUGUGGAUCCUCUAACAACCCUGGGCCUGAACUCAGACAGCAUUGAGAGCUACAGAAUAGGGGAUAUUGUCAGAGCCCACAAUGUAGAAAUCCCUGAAUUGCUGCCAUGUGGAUACUUGGUUGGUGUCAAUAAUGUGAUUGCUGUGAACCUCAAAGGUGUUAAAGAGAACAGUAUUGACAGUUUGGUGUUUGACACACUAAUCCCCAAAACUAUUUCACAGCGAUACCUUAACCUGUUAAUAGAACACAGAAGAAUAAUCCUGUCUGGACCCAGUGGAACCGGCAAAACCUUCCUGGCCAACAAGCUUGCAGAAUACGUAGUGUGCAAAUCAGGGAGGGAAAGCAGAGAAGGAAAUAUAGCAAGCUUUAAUGUGGACCAAAAAUCUAGCAAGGAGUUGAGGCAGUACUUAUCAAAUCUUGCAGAUCAAUGCAACUCUGAGGGAAAUGAAGCUGAUCUUCCAGUAGUGGUUAUACUUGAUAACCUCCACCAUAUUGGUUCUCUUAAUGACAUCUUUAAUGGAUUCCUGAACUGUAAAUACCAUAAAUGUCCUUAUGUUAUUGGAACCAUGAACCAGGCUGUCUCUUCAUCACCAAACCUUGAGCUCCACCACAACUUCAGGUGGGUGUUGUGUACCAAUCAUACAGAACCAGUAAAGGGGUUCCUGGGCCGAUACCUCAGGAGAAAACUCAUUGAGACAGAGAUCGACAAGAACAUGAGGAACAAUGAUCUCAUCAAGAUCAUUGACUGGAUCCCCAAAACUUGGCAGCACCUCAACACCUUCCUCGAGGCUCAUAGUUCCUCCGAUGUCACCAUCGGUCCCAGACUCUUCCUGUCUUGUCCUAUGGAUGCAGAUGGCUGCAGAGUGUGGUUCACAGACCUAUGGAACUAUUCCCUGGUACCGUACCUGCUGGAGGCUGUGAGAGAGGGGCUUCAGCUGUAUGGUAAAAGAGCUGCAUGGGAAGACCCUUCAAAAUGGGUCAUUGAUACCUAUCCAUGGAGCUCCGCAUCCCUGCAGCACGACUGGCAGGCACUUCUUCAGCUCCGGCCCGAAGAUGUGGGAUAUGAAGGGUACACCUCAGCCAAAGAGGGAGGCUCCUCCAAGCAGGUUUCACAAAGUGACACAGAGGGCGAUCCACUGAUGAACAUGUUAAUGAGACUGCAAGAGGCUGCCAAUUAUUCAAGUGCACAGAGCUGUGACAGUGACAGCACUGGCCACCACGAUGACAUACUGGACUCGUCGCUGGAGUCUACUCUAUAGGAAAAGCGAGAAGUAAUGGGGUUGAGGAGUUCGUAGAGAAAAACAAAAAACCUGUUCCACUGCCAGUGCAAGUAAAAGCAACACCCCAGAAACUUGAAACGGGAAUUGGGUGUUGCAGGUAGGCAUGAGCUUUUAUCAGAGAAGAGGAGUAGAUUUGAAAGCUCACACUGAAUUCAAGGUAUUUCCGUAAUAAUGGAAUGACAGACUUCCAUUUGUCUACUGGAAAAAAAGCCCAAAUGAAGGGCACUUAAAAACGGCUGCACAUACAGUUUAAAAAAAACAAAAGAACAAACUGGAAUUAGUUUUUCUUUUAGAAUUUCCUGUUGUUUGUUAUUGACUGCUAACGUUUACAGGGCGCUCUGUUUAUUUUCUUGAGUGCAGUCUAACCUGAACAGCCUGCGCUGUUCUCAUCCAAUCCGGACCUCAGUUGUGCCACAUGGUGCUGGUCACAUGACUAUACCAGUCUUUGGUUUACACCACCGCCCAUUCAGAGAUCCAUGCAACCUGUUCAUGACAAGCACAAGCGGCAUUGUGCAAACCCAAACAACCACUACUGUGAAACACUGGACAAGUGCCAAUCGUACCUUAUUAGAGCUGUCAAGUGCACAGUGAUGUAUACACCCACAGUUGCUGCGUAGUUUACCAACAGACAUUGUUCUUUCUUUCUUUUUUCUUUUGAUAAUUUAUGACACACGUGGUAUGCAUUUCAUCCACCCAACCUUGACAGAUUUAUAGCAUUAUACCAAUAGAAAGCUGUGAAAGGCUGCAGUUCAGCAUUCACUUUAUUAUUAUUAUUAUUAUUAUUAUUAUUAUUAUUAUUAUUAUUAUUAUUAUUAUUAUUAUUAUUAUUUAAAAACCUAAGCAAGAAGGGAAGAAGUUUGAUAAUGGUGCUUUCUCACUGCCUUAAAGUUCCUAGCAAAUUUCUAAGAACUUGUGGUUUAUGUUUCAACACAGAUGGUGUCCACUAUU